AUGAAGAGCAAAGAUUAGUUUAUCCACUUUUAAAGAAGUUUGAAAUAAUAGAAAAGCAGCUAAAUCAUAGCAAAUAGUAAGAAUAAUUAAAGUAGCUAACUCAUGCUAAGAUAGAAGGAUACGCUUUGCUUCUAAAUAAAAUAUAACCACAUAACCAAGUUUUUUAGAAUCAAUAAAGACCUGAAAUCUAAAUAAAUUAUUCCAAUUAAGCCUUAACAAUUAAUCAAAAAUUAUUAUAAAAUAAUUAAUCCUAAUUAAGAUUAGUUGGAUUUGAGAAUCAGUAAUCAGGUAAGAGAUUAUUGGCUAGUUAAUGUACUGAGGGAUGUAAAAACUGUAUAGGAAAAUGGUGUGUUGCAAAUUAGUGUAAAAAAGGCUAUUAUUAUAAUAAUAAUUUCUUCAAUGUUUAAUGCCUUAAUUGUGAUUAAAGUUGCUUAGAAUGUAAUGGAUCUGGAAAUAGUAAAUGCACCUCUUGUAGAGAUAAUCUUAAAUUAUAAAAUGGUCAAUCCUGGGUUUUUCAUUUAGCAAAAUAACUGUUUUCCUUGUGAUUCUUCAUGUCUAACUUGCACAGGAACAUCUACAAAUUGCACUUCAUGCUAACCUGAUUUAUUUUUAAAUGUUUCUCAAUCUACUUGCUUACCCAGUUGUCCUGAAAAUGGUUUUUAUGUUUCAGGUUAAAGCUGUAUGCCAUGUGAUCCUACAUGUGCUACUUGUUCAGGACCACUUUAAACUUAGUGUAAUUCUUGUUAAUCAAAUUUAUUUUAAUAUGAUGAUGAUAAAAUGUGUAAGGCUUGUCCAAAUUCAUCGAUUGAUCCCUCAAUCAUAGCUUAAAAAAUGUAAAAUUGCUCUUAAAUUACUUAAAAAUGUUUACUUAGUUCUUAGACAAAUAAAUAUGAAUUAACAGCCAUAUGUAAUUAAUGCUAAAGUCCUUAAGUAUUAUCUAAUAAUAAUUGUGUUUAAACAUGCUCAGAAGUAGCCUAAGACUAUAUCUUUAACUAAUCUCUUGGAUAUUGUUAGUGUAUACCAUCUAGUCCAUACUAACACAACUUACCGAAUGGUAAUAUAUUAUGUAAUAGCUUUUAGUUAUCUGGAUAUUACUGUGAUCAAAAUAAAAUAUGUAAUCCUUGCUAAUAGUCUAAAUGUUAAAUCUGUGCUAAUCAGUAAAUUUGCACUGCUUGUGAGUAAAGUUAUUACAUGUGGUAGAAUAAUUGCAUAAAUGCUUGCGAAUCUGACUUAGGUUUAGAAGUUUCAUAGUCAAAUAAGGAAUGCAUUUGUAAACCAAACUACAUAUUUUAUGCUUAGAAAUAAAUUUGUAUUUUAUAGUUAUAAAUUAACUCAAUAAAACUGACUAAAGAUUUAUAAUAUAAUAUUAUAACUGUUGUUUUCAAUAGAUCUCCUUAUCCGGAUGAGUUAAAAACUAUAAGCUUGUAAAUUGAUCCCAAUAAGUUAAUUCCAAAUACAGACUACAGAAUAGUCUCUUAAUAGUAAAACGAUAAAAACUUAAUUUUUUAAGUCUCAACAAAUUAAAAUAUCAAAAUAAGCUAAAUAGUUAUCAAUUAUAAUAGUAAAUAAGCUAUUUAUAAAGUUUAAAAUACAAUUCUUACAUCUGAGGAAGCCAAUUAGCAUCUAUAAAGUUAACAAAGUACAAUGAAUAGCAUGAAUAGUUUGGGUCAAACUUUAAGUCCAUAAGAAGGUACUGCAUAGUCUAUAGUUAACAUCCUUAAAAAUUUUUAAAUAAUAUGUUUGUUGUCUAAUUUUGUUUAACUUUUAGGUCCUCUAAUUGUUUUCAAAGAUUAUCUACCACAACCUCUAUAUGUUGGAGCUCUGUUGGGAGCAUCUUUCAUUUUCACUGAAAUUCCAAAUUCUGAGGAACUGAGUGCAAAUCUAAUUAAUUCUAAUAGUAACAAUUAAGAGUAAAGCAGCUAACAAUCUUUACUUGAGCAUUUAGGUUUUAGUGAAAAUAUUUACUCUAACUUACCUAUUCCUCAUUUGCUUCUUAUAGUUUGUGUUGUAAUAAGUUUACUUUGCUUAUUUGCAAGAUGGAUUAUGAAAGGUAAGCAAUACACUAUGACAAUAGUGAAUCUUUUAGUUAAUGCUAUGUCAUCAUUUCAUCAAGGAUAUAUUACAUGUAGCCUUUUUAGUAUAUUUUACUCUUUAUAGUACUCUUCAUAAAGAUUAGUUGCUGUAAUCUAGUUAUCAAUGCACAUCAUAUUUUUAAUACUUAUUUGUGUGAUUGUAAUUAAAAAAGAUAUUGCAUAUAUCAAAAAUAAUAUACCAAAUUUUAUGCUUAACUUGAACAUUAAAUCAAGAGGUUGGAAGAGCUAUUUAAUUAUGAGCUAUCUGAAGAAAUACAUUUGUAUAACUAUCAUAUAUGCAAUUUAUUAUAACCCAUUAGCAUGUUGCAUAGCAAUAUCAGUUAAUUUUGUUUGCUUUGCUAUGUAUUUGCUAUACUUCAGAUUCUUCACUUCAAAAAUUUGCAAUAUUUAUAAGAUAUUUUAAGAGCUAGUUAUAUCAUUAACAUUUAUUUUAUUUGCUGUUAGUGUUAAAAAAUAAUAGUAAAUGAUGCAAAAAGAUAUAAUCUCAAACGAAGAGAUGAUUAGCACAAUCGAUUUUAGUCUAAUAGUCUUGUUUAUGAUCAUUUCAUGCUUAGCUUUAAGCUUUUUUAUUUUCAUAGCAAGAACUAGUGUUUAAAUCUUUAUGAUAGUUCUAAAAAUAAGGAAAUAUUUUUAAGAAAAAAAAAAAUUUAAAACUCCUAGCUAAGAACUUGAUUUUUUAUUCACUUAGAAAAAGCAGAAUCUAGAGUUACCAGUUAUAAAAAUACAAAUUAGAUCCUCAUAUAUAAAUAAAACUAGUAGUAACAACAACUCUGUAAAAAAUAAUUUAAAGAAUGAUAGUUUAAAAGAAGAAAUUAUUUGA